GAUCUCAGUAACUGCAUUUGCAACCAGUCAAUAUGUUUGAAAUACAAGUAGUUCAAGGUUUUUAAGGUAACCAAGUUGUUCUGAAGAUAUAUUUCGUGAAAGUUAUCUGAGAUGAUGGAUGUUGUUUAGAAGCGAUCAAAUGAAAACAUUGAGACACCACAGCCUUACUCUGUUCGAAUUUUAAUUACAUCAGUUUUAAUUGUUGUCAUGAAAACAUACAAAUUCGUCUUGUGUGUACUGUUAGUUAUUUGAUGGUGAAGUUUCAAUUAAUGUGCUUAACAUGUUGACUGUAGGUUUAUAUUUCCACAUUAGGUUACGAUUUACCAAAAGAAGUGUGACUAAUGUCAGUGAUAACAUCAAAUUAUAAUGUCUCGGCUCACUUAACAAUGAUUCUAAUGCAAAAGUGGAUUGAUGUAUUUAGACGAGCGAUUGACAAAAUAUACCUUCCCAUGGACGAUAGAAGUAUUGUAUUUGUCGACUGUACAUUUAAUUGUGACUAGAAUUCUUUCAUUUGAUUUUUAUCUCGUCAAUAUCUUUUCACAUCAUCAUAUUUUAUGCAUCCGUAUGAGUACAUUUUAUGUUGUUAAUCGUUUUGUUCCAGUUUUAUUUGAAAUUUAUCUUUGAAAAAAAAUUAUUCAGUCUUCAUUGAUCUUCUCAUAAAUAAUGCACGAGUGCAUCCGAAGUUUACAACACUAAUUUCUUAGUUUUUAUGAAAAUGUACAUUCUGUGAAUUUUUUUGAAAGAAGCUAUGUUGAUCGAAUCUGUGAAUGUUAAACAAGGACAUUUCAUAAAUACUAUUCAAUAUUUUAUGGUUUAAUGAACUUCUAUUUCAGACAUUCAUUGUUUUAACUCAAAAUGAUCGGUAAUAAUGCUUGUCAGGUAUCAUGUUUGUGUAUUCAUCAACAAGUACUCCUAUUUCUUUCUGUGUUUGUGUUUUACUUAGUGAAUUUUGUUACCCUUUACAUGGAUAGUGUUAAUCGACACUAUAAAAUGAGUAUAAUUAACAUGCCGAACAGUCAUGAAACAGGGUGAUUAUACACUUUGACUUAUUCACGUAUCAGGUGAUACCGUGACAACAUUGUUGAUUUCAGUUGGUGUGACGUUUUAUAGUAAUAUAUUUUUACAGUGGAAAUAAUAUGAAUGAUAAUAAAAUGGAUUUAUUACUUCGUUGUAGGGAAAACGGGACUUCGUUCGGUGGUGAAAUGGUACUUGGUGGUGUUAAUCCUGAAUAUUUUGAGGGAGAUUUGGAAUAUAUGCCGACCGUAAACAACAAUAUAUGGGCAGUUAGAAUGUCAAGCUUGAUGAUAAAUGAUAUUGAGUUUUGCAAUGGAUGUACUGCUUCUAUUGAUACUGGGACAUCAACGAUUAUUGGUGGAAGAGAGCAAGUGACAAGAAUCAACACAAUGCUUGGUAUUUCCUAUCAAUUUGGUAGAAGAAAUUUCCUUGACUGUAAACGAAUCGACAUGCUGCCUCCUGUCGAAUUUAUCUUUCGUAAAAAGAAGUACAUAUUGGAACCACAAGAUUAUGUUAUUAAGGAGGACUUUUGGUUUCAAACAGUGUGUUCGUCACCUUUUGACAUUGAUGAUUCUGUACCACCGAAUUUUUGGAUUCUCGGUGACGUUUUUAUGAGAAGAUUCUAUACUGUAUUCGAUUUCGGUCAGAAACGUAUUGGAUUAACUUAUGUUUUAAAUAAGAAGAAUGAAACAAGAAUUUAA